AUGGAUAAGGGUGGAAAUGACAAGAAAGAAGACGGAGCUUUGGAGACGGACAGGCCUGAGUUCAGACCCAGCUUUGCCAAUUAUAAGCUAUUUGACCUGGGCAAGGUUUUUAACCUUUCUAAGUCUCUGGAUCCUUUCAAUGCCACAGGGAAUUUCAAAGGUCAUGCCCUCCCUGGAAUCUUCUUUUUUAUUAUGGGUCUUUGGUGGAGUACAAGGAGUAUUCUGAAAUAUGUCUGCAAAAACCAAAAGCAAACCUUCUGCCUUGAUUCUAAAGCAUUAUUCCAUCUAUUAGAAAUUUUGGAAGGAACUGCAUUAGUUGGCAUGGCUUUAACCGGCAUGGCUGGGGAGCAGUUUAUUCCUGGAGGGCCCCACCUGAUCUUAUACAAAGAGGGCCAGUGGAACCACCUCCUUAACUGGCAUCAUUUCACUAUGUAUUUCUUCUUUGGGCUGGUGGGCGUGGCAGACAUCUUAUGUUUCACCAUCCGUUCACUUCCCUCCUCAUUACCCAAGUUAAUGUUGUCAAACGCCUUAUUUGUAGAGGCUUUUAUCUUCUACAACCACACUCAUGGCCGGGAAAUGCUGGAGAUCUUUGUGCACGGGCUGCUGGUUUUGGUCAUCUUUUUGACAGGCCUGGUCACCUUCUUGGAGUUCCUCUUACAGAACAAUGUACUUCUGGAACUUCUGCGUUCAAGCCUCAUCCUAGUUCAGGCGAGCUGGUUCUUUCAGAUUGGUUUUGUCCUGUUUCCCCCCAGUGGAGCUCCUUCAUGGAAUCUGACAGAUCAUGACAACAUUAUGUUUCUCACCAUAUGCUUUUGUUGGCAUUAUGCAGUAAGCUUAAUCAUCAUUGGAGCGAAUUGUGCUUUUGUCACCUGGUUGGUUAAAUCUAAAUUUAAGAAGCCCUGCCCCUCAGAAGUUGGACUCCUGAAAAAUGUUGAACUAGAACAAGAAUCAGAAGAAGAGAUGUGAUUUGGACAGGCAUCCAGUCUUCCUAGAUAAACCU